GCACUGGGCUCCGCCCGCGGGCCAAAGGCGGGGUAGGGGCGGGACAGGCGCGAGCCUCCGGCCCUGGGAACUGGAGCCUAAGCCACCAAGUGCUGGCCCUCCGCCCCUCCCCGUUCGGCACCGCCUCCCGCAGCCCGGGGAGGGGCCGGGGCGGAGCGAGCCCGGCCGAGCCGGGCGGAGCGGGUGCGGGCGCGGGCAGAGCGCGGCGCGGGGCCGGCGGCGAAGGUCCGGGGUGGAAUCGACGUCUCUGCGGCUGCCGACGACCCCCACCCGGUCGGCCGCCUCCGCAGACCCACCUUGGCCGCGCGGCAGGGGGCGCGCAGAGGGAGCUCCCGAGGGAGCGAGUCCCCGCGCGUGGCGGCUCGGCGGCUUCCCUCCUUGGGAGGUCCGGCUCCCGGCUCUCCGGACCCUCCUGGCGUCCUCGCCUGCGGCGGGGCAGUCGACAGCGGCUCCCAGGAAUGGCUUCGGCGGGCAGCGGCAUGGAGGAGGUGCGCGUGUCGGUGCUGACCCCCUUGAAGCUGGUCGGGCUGGUGUGCAUCUUUCUGGCGCUGUGUCUGGACCUGGGGGCGGUGCUGAGCCCGGCCUGGGUCACGGCUGACCACCAGUACUACCUGUCCUUGUGGGAGUCCUGCCGGAAACCCGCCAGCUUGGACAUCUGGCACUGCGAGUCCACGCUCAGCAGCGAUUGGCAGAUUGCUACUCUGGCUUUACUCCUGGGCGGUGCUGCCAUCAUUCUCAUUGCAUUCCUGGUGGGUUUGAUUUCUAUCUGCGUGGGAUCUCGAAGGCGUUUCUAUAGACCUGUUGCGGUCAUGCUUUUUGCAGCAGUUGUUUUACAGGUUUGCAGCCUGGUCCUUUACCCAAUCAAGUUCAUUGAAACUGUGAGCUUGAAAAUUUACCAUGAGUUCAACUGGGGUUAUGGCCUGGCCUGGGGUGCAACUAUAUUUUCGUUUGGGGGUGCCAUCCUUUAUUGCCUGAACCCUAAGAACUAUGAAGACUACUACUAGAACCAAUAGUCUCAAAGUAAAAACAACCACCACCAUCCAACAAAAGGAUUACGUCUGCAUCUUUUCUAACUUACUAUUUUCUAAAACACUUGUGGAGCAUCAAGCAGUUUGCUCAGUUGAUUUAAUCUUUUUUGCCUUUUGGCUGUCAACAUCAUAACCAGCUUUUACAUCCAUGUUAGAAAUCUGCACAAAAUUAAGAAAGCUGAUUAGACAUAGGCAAAUGCUGCAAACUUCCAAUAUGUUCAUAUCGUUUUUCUUGACAAAUGAAGGGUCUAUAUGACAGCAACCAUUGUGAGAAACUAGUUGGAAUGAGAUUUGCCUCCAUCUCCUAUUGCCUGCAGGGGAGCAGUUGGCAUAAGCAACAUUUAGAAGUUCCUUUGCGCUGACAAGGAUUCCACUGUUAGAGCCCUUACUGCCUGCUUAUCCUACCCAAUGACUACAUUGGCUAUUGGUUGUUUGCUUGAAUGAGCCCUUGAAAAAUGAACUGCCCUUCAGCAUCUAAUGGGAGUUGUGAAUGUAACUGGUUAAUGGUACACAUUCCACCUUCAAGAAUACUCUUUUUAAUGGGAGGUUAUGCUUUGGCAAUCAGCAUCUCCCUGGGAGGAGAGUCAAGACUUGGAGACAUGUGCUUCUCAUUAUGUGGUUAGAAAUUGGUGCCUCAGCCCUAUCUAGACUGGGGAAAAAUUGAGGAUCUGUGUUUUUCCUGGGGCAAACAGAAAGAAAUCUGCAUGAGUUGCUUUUGUACCCUUUAAAUCAUUUGCCAAACAUUGCAGCAAACAAGUGUGCAUAUGUAACAAGCUUCCAUGUUUUUAUAGAAGGUGAACUAUUAGUAUAAAUGGUAAUUAGUUGUUCCUUAACCCUCCACAUACAUUUGCCUAUUACACAUAAAAUUAAUAUUUACUCUAGUGAAGUGGUUUGAACACUAACCUUGUACGCAUUGUUAAGAGGCUUAGAUUGUUCAUGCUUAUUUACCAUACAAAAGUAUGGUACCUUAAAGCUUUUGCUCUAUGUUCUUUACUGUUUCACUGGAAAGUGUUAAUAGAGUUGCCUAAGAAUAAAAAUUGAAAUGGUGUUAAUCUGAAAAUUAAUGAUUCUCUGUAAGCACUGUAGUUGAAAAGAGAAUAGCAAUUAGGAUGAUCAUUUUGUGUAAAAUUCAUUAAAAUAGAAGGCUGCUAUUUUUUGCAAGUAUUUUAAAUGUCUUCAUUUUUUAAAAAAAGGAAUAGCGAUAGAUUUAUAUAAAUAUCUAAAUGUCUGAGUAGAGGAGUAGAAUUCAUCUGGUUAUCACCUGGUCCUCUGAAGUUAACUGAUGGGCUAACCGAUUUGUGCACACACUUAGGGUGGAUUUAUGUUAAGGGAAUUACUGACUGUUCAAUGGAAGGAAGUAUUAAUAAUAGGGAAUAAGUUUGCAACUAAUCUCAUGCUGCAAACUUGUGUUAAUUCUGUUUCAUAUACAAAUUUGGAUAGCUUAAUUGUAAACAUAUUUUUAUAUCAAAUAUACAGUUCUAAUAUAAAAGUUAUAAAUAAUUAUUUUUGUUAACAAAGACACUAAAACAGUAUGUUCUGGUUUUGGCCCUCUUGCAGAAAGAAGCAUUAGAAAAAUUACUUAAAAAGUAGCUAUGUGUUACUGUAUUGCAAAAUCUGUUAAGACCAGGACCACAUCGAUAGUAUGUAAUAAUUUGUUUUACCUCCCAAAGCACAGUUCUACUUUCAGCUAGUCUUAAGAAUGGUCGCCAAAAACAACAGCCAAAAAAAAAAAAAAAAAAAAACCUACUUUAUUAUCCAAAUGCUAAAAAACACACUUAACGACUUUUCUAUAAAAUCACAAAUAUGAAAUACCAGGUUUAGUCUUACUUUAGCAAUGAUAGACAAAAGUGAAUAAAUACAUCAUAGACAGAAACCUUUAUAAAAAUAUAUGAUUCUGUAAAGAAUCAUUAGAAAUUAUGAAUGGAAAUUUUCCAGAAAGAUAAUAUUAUAGAGUCUUUUGAAGCAAGUUUUUGAGAAAUAGUAAAAUUUGGGGCAGACUGUCUUGCAGUUAAUUGCAUAUUGUCAGAGCAGCAUGAGAAAUACGAUAUUUGGAUAGGGAUUUCAGCAACUAAACAUUCUCUGUUCUGAGAUCUCUUUAUUCCUGAAUAAUGAAACAAUAGUAGUUUGGUGCUGACACCAAUGAGUCCCUUCUCUUGGUCCUAGUAGAGGAUGCAGUGUCCUGUUAAACCAGUAUCACAUCUCGAGUCUUAUCAAGUUUUCAUUCUCUGUCAAUAUGACAAGCUCAAAGUGACAGGAUAUGUUAUAGGUUGAGGCACAUAUAUUUGCAGUUUACUGAAAACUGGAUUUCUUAUGUGACUUUUUUCCCUUCCCAGCAAAGAGCCCUAUGCUAUAUUUCUACCAUCACUGAUAUUUGAAAGUGUUUCAUUACUAACAAUCUCAGUACAACAUGAAAAUUGUUGCUUCUCAUCUGAAUUACAAUUUUGUCUAUCAGAAUAAACACAAGUGAAAUUUUCACCUACAUUAACAUUAUGUCUUUGCAGCUUUAGGUUUGUUUGAUGUGUUCUUAAGCAGAAUUGUUAGCCACAAACCCAUUGUUAGAUAUCUAUGGAUAUAGAGCUAUAUCUAUAGAUAUAGGUAUACACACACAUAUAUACUCACACAUAUAGCAUAAAAUACUCAGCAGGGCUAGUUAUUCCAAUUUCUUGCACAAUUAUUUAGCUUUUUGUAAGUUCAACAUGUAAAUUUUAAAGACAUAAAUAUAGAGAGACUUAUGUGUUUGAAUAUAAAUGAUAUAUAUGGAUUAGCAUGUACCUGUAUAUUGUUAAACAUGCAAUGAACUGACUGGUAAGUGACGUCUAAUUGUAUGGCUAGCAAUGUAAUUUAUUCAGACUGUAUUUUUGUACAGAGCAGCGCACUCUAAUCUAUGCCUCUGUGUCCUCUUUAAUGCCUAAAACUGUGCCUAGAAAUUUCAUCUGUCUUAAAAAAUAAAAUAUACUUCAUGCUGUUUAUGCUAUUAGUUUCUGUACUGCUAUUCUAUAUUUAUUAUUUUUAAAUAUGUGACAUGUUUACUACUUAAACAUGAAUUCAUGGUAUCCUGGUUACUUUUUUUUAAGUCAUCUGGGGGAAAACCUGUUUAUCACUCCAGUGAUUUUGAGUUUGCAGUUUCACAAUCAGUUCUUCAUUUCAUGAUUUUUGUAGUUGACAUGAAGUUAUCUAUGUGGAAAAAAAUAAAAAUAAAAGUGAUUUCACGGAU